AAUUCUAUCUUGGUGAAUGUAAAGCAGUGCGCGAGCCGCAGAAAGUAUUCUGGAGGGUUUGAUCAUUACAUAUUUUAUCGCGUACUCUAUUGAAAGUCCGAAAAGCCGAAUCUUUCUGCAGUUGGAUAUUUUAUCACUGGAACCGUAAAUCAACAGUGUAAGCAUAAUGGCUGUCAAUGUAUAUUCGACGAAUGUUACGACAGAUAACCUUUCGCGGCACGAUAUGCUAUCGUGGGUAAACGACUGUCUGCGUUCGCAAUUCACCAAAAUCGAGGAACUAUGCACCGGUGCUGCUUACUGCCAAUACAUGGACAUGCUGUUUCCAGGUUCUGUGCCAAUGAAGCGAGUAAAAUUUCGCACCAAUCUUGAGCACGAGUACAUCCAGAACUUUAAAAUCCUACAGGCUGCGUUCAAGAAGAUGGCCGUUGACAAGAUCAUACCAAUCGAUAAGCUAAUAAAAGGUCGCUUCCAAGAUAAUUUUGAGUUUUUGCAAUGGUUUAAAAAGUUUUUCGAUGCCAACUAUGAUGGUCGUGAAUACGAUGCGAUGCUCGCGCGUGAUAACCUGCCGAUGGGUAUGGGUUCAGGUGCCUGUGCUCCUAAAGGCAACGGUGUGUCGGGUGUUACAGCGCCCCGGAAAAUGCCCAUCGUCGCAGCUGCGCAACGUGAUAGAAUAAAGCCGAAGAUUUACAUUGCCUCUGGUGCAGUGUCCAAAGUUGCACCCACCCGACAGAUGGUUCAGAGUCCACCCGCUCGAAUUAGCAGUGGCGUCAAUGUGAACACUAGCAAAUCAUCCUCGCAAAACAGUGUAACAAAUCAACAGAUCGAAGAACUGACCUCACAAGUAACGGACAUGCGAUUAAACUUUGAGGGAUUGGAGAAGGAGCGUGAUUUCUAUUUCAGCAAGUUACGCGAUAUUGAAAUUUUGUGCCAGGACGAUGAACAGAGCCAGAGCCCGUUCGUUCAAAAAAUUUUGGAAAUUCUAUACGCAACAGAAGACGGUUUCGCACCGCCCGAUGAAAUUCCGCCAGAGGAAGAGGAAUACUAGGCUGUGUCGUGAAUCAGCGAAUACUGCGACUGAAGAAAUUUUACCACAAAUUAACACAGCCGCGGCCAGAUAGGACAUGACACCCACGUCACACUGAAUGCCCAGCACUAACGUCAACGAGAACGAGAAACACUUGAUAAAUAUUAAUCAUUAACAUUGUCUGUUUACUCCCCACUGGUUUUCACAAAAAAGAAAAAUCUUUGCGCUGCUCCUAUCAAUGUCCUUCUGAAAUGAGAUUAUGCAUAAACGAGUAUUUAAUCCGUUUUCUUUGUUCUUUUUUAAAGAAAAUUUUUCUAUGAAUUAUAUUAAUCUCUAUUUGAAUCGUAAUUCGAUUCCCUGCUAGGUACUGUACUAUUUCAUAAUAGGAAAAGCCCUCCAUAAAUGGUAAUUAUUUUCUUCGUUUGCAUAUCCAGAAUUUUUGCACACCACAUAAAUUGGAAUCAUGGCAGUCGUUAUUUUGGGAAGCGUUUUUUGGCUUAUCUAAUGUGAGGUUGAUUUCGAAAUAUAACGAAGAGUUAUCUACAUCAUUACAUGCAUAAUAAACAAAGCAAAACAUAAAAACGUUUGUAAUAUGUCAGCUACCACGUGCUCAACUUCGUACUUUAAUGUUAAUUUAGCUUCAUAGUUACUUUACUUCGUUUCAAUACUUUCACUAUUUUUCGUUUGUUCCAUUCGGUUGUGAGUUAACCAUGAAAGACAACAAAGAGAAAAUUCGGUACAUUUUACUGUUUUUCUUUUAUAAAGCCGAAAAUUCAAGCUAGGCCGCUGACAUUGUCCACUGUGUUUAUGGUGUCGAUAUUGUAACAGCUAGUUAUGAGAAAUUUUGGUUUCACCAAUUCGGUUCAGUUAUUUUUUAUGUUAAAGAUGCGCCUCGCACAGCUAAACCCUGGGUCCCCAUCAUCGAAAAUGUCGAUAAAACCACAGAAAAAAUCAAAGUGGAUCGGCAUGUUACUAAUCAGAGCAUCGGCCAGGAGCCAUAGAUUAAUCAUCAAACAGUGCCAUCGGUGUGGGUAGUGGGGAUGAGAAAUAAGAUACAUACGACAAUAUUGUGUGAAAACAAUAGUGGCCAUAGCUUGGUAAAGCAGGUAAAACGGUGACCAAACCAAGACGCUCGCCAGCUGCUCGGGCUGUCCAGGUCGCGAUCGGACUACCGUCUGGUCCCCGUCCUGUCUGGGCCGAUCGUUCGAUGGCUCGUAA